AUGGCUCCUGUCAGCAUGUUGGCUCGUAUCAAGAAUGAACCAGCGCUGUCAAAUCAGACGGUCGCUCUUUUCUCAGUCCUGCUCACAUUACUCUACGUGGUCCCAUUCUACCUGUCCCCAACGACAAGACCAUCGCCAAGCCUAAGCCGCGAUGCACCCUCCGUCAUCAGGGCCCGCAUCCGCACCGUGACAGGUUCCUGCAUCUUCAGCUCGGGAAUCGUGCUCUGGCUCGCCGUAGAAGAAGGCAACACCUCCCUCGCAGCCGGCCUGCGCCUCCUCGGCUGGUGGCCCGUCGGCGUGCUCGAAGUCGUCCGCACGCUCCUGUUAACCGCCAUUCUCUUUACGGGCCCGCUCUUCGAGCGCGGCAUCGUCGAGGGCGAAUGGCGAGUCUGGUUCCGACGCAGCAAGCUCUCAGAGAGUCUGGGUGGCUGGAUCGGAUGGAGGAAUUACGUCGCCGGCCCGAUUACCGAAGAAGUCAUGUUCCGCUCGGCCAUCAUCCCCCUGUAUCUCCUGGCGCAAGAAUCGCCGGGCCGGAUUGUCUUCAUUGCGCCGUUGUAUUUUGGCAUUGCGCAUAUCCAUCACUUCUAUGAGUUCCGGCUGACGCAUCCCGAUACGCCUGCGCUGGCGGCGUUGGCGCGCUCGCUCUUCCAGUUUGGGUACACGACGAUCUUUGGCUGGUAUGCGACGUUUGUCUAUUUGCGGACGGGCUCGUUGCUGGCUGUGAUUGUGAUCCACAGCUUCUGUAACUGGUGUGGGCUGCCGCGGUUCUGGGGUCGUGUGGAGCCUGGGGAAUUGAUGGGCCCGCCUUUUAUGCGUGGCAAGGAGGAUUCCGAGGGGAGUGAGGGUGAGGGUGGGGUUGGGGAUGGGUCGCUGGGUGUUGGGUGGACGGUUGCGUAUUAUGUGCUUCUGGUUGUGGGGGCUGUUGCGUUUGCGCAAUGUUUGUGGCCGUUGACGGAGUCUUAUCAUGCUCUGGUUUCUUUCUCCGGGAAGUCUGUUUAG